UCUCUCUCGUUAUCUCAAGUUGAAAGCCCGACCAAAAAAAAAAAGAAGGAAAAUUUACAAAUCCAACGGAUGAGAUUAGACCAGUUUCAUCGACCAGUCUGACUAUCGUCCCGCGUUUAUUUUCACACUCUUUUGAAUCCCCAACUUUUCAAAACUCCGAAACCCCCAGAUUUUGCAGAACCCAGAAACGCGAGAGACGAGAAAAGAGAAGAGAAGAGAAAUGGCUCAAGCAGCGAGGCUCAAUCUUCGAAUGCAGAAGGAGCUUAAGCUCCUCCUCACCGACCCACCUCCCGGCGCCUCCUUUCCACUUCUCUCCCCCGAUUCCGAUCUCUCUUCCUCUUCCUUAUCCACCAUCGAUGCCGAGAUUGAAGGUCCUGAAGGAACUGUUUAUGCUAAGGGGAUAUUUAAGAUCAAGAUUCAAAUACCUGAAAGGUACCCAUUUCAGCCUCCAAUCGUGACCUUUGCUACGCUAAUCUAUCACCCCAAUAUUGACAAUGGAGGGCGGAUUUGUCUUGACAUUCUCAAUCUUCCCCCGAAGGGUGCAUGGCAACCAUCUUUGAACAUUUCAACUGUGCUAACAAGCAUCGGGUUGUUACUGAGCGAACCCAACCCUGAUGAUGGCCUAAUGUGUGAAGCAAGCAGGGAGUAUAAAUAUAACAAACAAGCAUUUGACCAGAAGGCACGAACAAUGACUGAGAAAUAUGCCAGAGCUGGAGAAAGGGGUAAUAGUAGUGGCAGUGAAAACUUUCAAACUCAAUCAAAUGCAAGCAUGAUAGAAACUAAAGGAUCAGAUGUCUUGAAGUGUGAACUUGACAAGUGCUUUGUUAGUCAUAAUAGGCAAUGUGGGAUUGGCCGGAAGUUGUCCCUCGAGUGUUCUGGGUCACAUCAAAAAAGGGACAGUGAAAACGGAGUGAACAGAGUUCAUGACGCGCCUAUUAAUCAUUGCUUAGGGAAACAGACGGAUGUUAAAGAAUCAAAAGAAGUGUCAAAAGAAAUGUUAGAAGAGAAUGAUCAGAAUCAUGAGAGUCCACAGUGGACCAAGCGAAAGUUAUCACUAGAAUCUUUGGGUCCUCCCCAGACUAGUGGUGAUAAUGACAAAGAGAAUUUGCUGACAGAUUACCGUUCAUCAUUUUCCCAAAACAUUGUUAUGGCUUCUACGGAGUCCUUGUAUGUGCAGCAGGAGAGUCACCGUAAUGAGAAACAACCUCAUCAAGAUAAAGAUAACAAAUCAGUAAAAGAUAGAGUGAUCACAAGUUCAAAAAAGCUGUGUUUGGUUGGCCAGAAAAUGUCAUUUGAAUCUUCGAAGUCUGGCCAAAUAAGCGAUAAUAAUGAAGAAAAACUACAAGGGAGCUUGCCACUGCCUCAGACUAUUAGCCACAAUGAACAACAGCCUCGGCAAGAUUCUAAAGGCCAAACCAGAGACGACUUUGGUAGUGCAAAACGUAAAAGGCUUGGUUUGGUGAAUAAGAAGCUUUCUUUGGCACCUUUCAGCUCUUUUCGUUGUCCGGACAAUGAUAACAAAGAGAAUGCAGCUCCAAUUCAAAGCUCGGCCCUUUCAUACCCCAACAGCCUUUCUAUAGGAUCAACAAUGUCAUCAUUGAUGCCACAGGUUGGUGAGAAUUACAGUGAUAUAACAGGGAACUGUGGCAAAAAAACUUGCCAUAAGAACAAUGAUGUUAACAUUGCUUUGCACUUGAACUCCAGAAACCUAAAUGUCACUCCAUCAAAGCCACUGUCCGUGCCACAUGACUGCAAGCUUGAUGAGAUGCAGCAAACUAAGCAAGUUCAUGAAGAAUUAUCUGGAGAGACCGAACAAAAGACAAAAGGAUCGCCAAUACUUGAAGCAGUGAUUGUCUUGGACAGUGAAGACAGUGAGGAGGAAAGCAGCGGAUCUUUAAGGUCUAGAUUGUUGCUUGCACGGAAACGCUUGCCUGGGAAGUGGAAAGCCAAAGCUUGAAAGUUGAACAGUUUCUUCCAACUCAGCUCUUAAUGCUCUUGUGAUUGUUCAUAGCCAAGGUACUUAUUUGGUUUUCACACUCUUCUCAGAACUAGUGAACAUGUUAAAAUGAAAGAUUUGAAAUUUGAGCACGACUUGUGCUGCUAUUGACAAUACAUUAAUUUGGUUCCCACCCCAUAGCUUGUAUAUUCCUUUAAUCUCUGCAAGAACAUGAUUGGGGCAGUGAUUUGGUUUUGUAUUUCAGUUUUCUUGCUUUUUGUUUUCUCUUUUGCCUGUGAUUUUGUUCUAGCACAAAAAUCAUGGUGAGGAUGGUUUUGGUUUGGGAAGACUAAAUAAGUGUACUUUUUGA